CUCCAACGCGGCUCAACAAGUAUUCGCGGUCCGGACGAAAAAGUUCAAAUUUUGUGCGGAAGCUGUCGGUGCAACAUGUAACAUAGUGAAUGGUAAAAUCAGCGCAGUUUCCAUCUGUAUAACAGCUGGAAAAAGCAUCCGGAGCAAGCAUUCUAUCUUUACGGCAUCUCUUCCGCAUUGACACAAGCUUGUAAACUUUCCACUCAUCAGGAAAUUAAAUUAUCAGACGAUAUUAACAGUUGAUUAUUUUUAGUAAAUUAUCACAAUGAGGUCCGAGCUUGCAAAUGAAGAUAGCGUUGGAGAAGAGUGGACGUCUCGUGGAAACUCUCAGGGUGGCAGAUCAGCACGUCGAACAUCGAGACGUACCGAAAGACAUAAUACAAAAAGUUCAAAGUCUUGUCGUGCAACGACGCCUCGUGAAAGGACCCUUAGAAGAUUGGAGAGUAAUGAAAGGGAACGAAUGAGAAUGCAUAGUUUAAACGAUGCCUUUCAAUCACUACGAGAAGUAAUACCGCACGUAAGCAAAGAAAGGAGGCUGUCAAAAAUCGAGACCUUGACCCUGGCUAAAAAUUAUAUAGUCGCCUUGACGGAUGUUAUCUGCGCGAUGCGAACCGAGGAACAGUCAGCUAGUCAACAAUUACAACAAAAUUCGCAGGAGGAAUCUUCUGAUCAGACAAAUGUUUGUCUCAGUAUAAAUACACCGACCUCCUCGAGAUCAUCUAGUCCGGAAACAAGAAGUUUUUACGAGAGCAACGAAAUUAAUACCCUAUGGGGUGACCAUUCUAAUCAAUGCGCGGAACUUUGAAAGAUAAUUCUAACGAUGGGUAGAUUGUCUUGCGAAUCAGGCAGCUACUCAAGAGUUCUAGAGCUCUUUAAUGUCAACUACAUAUACUAUGAUAAGUUCUUGAGUGAAUGCCAGGUAGAUUUAAAAUUGAUAUUUAUUUUAAAUUUCCUCAUCGACUAUAGUGAUAAAAGCGAGAGCGUAUUCGCACAAAUGCCAUUAAUUAUAAUCUUAUCAAUCGAUAAAAGGUAAAAAGAUAGAAUGUCGGAUAACUUGUGGCUAGUUAUUCGUCAUUUAUUAUUCUUGUAUAUCUAUUUUAUUAGCUGACGAUUCAUUAAUUCGAAAAACAUUCAGCUUUUUCAUUCAUUAGCAUUUGAAUGGUGCCAAAGAUUGAUACGGGCAGUAUUAAUUUGUAUCAAAUAAGUAUAGACACUAUAAUGUAUAUUAAAUUAAUCAAAGGUUAUUUUUAGAUAGAUAAUGAUAUAGAUGCACCUAUAUUGAUUGUCAAGUCUAUAUGACGAAUUACAAUGCAAGGAUAUUGAUAAGAGUGAUAACAGGCCAUUGUCCAUAAUGGUCGAUAUUAGAACAUAUAUGACAUAUGUAAGUUCAACUCCACAUGCGAAACUGUAAAAUUCUUGGUCCAAGUAAGUUUAUGAUAUCUCUUCCAAUAUCAAACGAAACAAAGAUAUAAUAGACAUAAUAGGACCUCUUACAAUAGAGCAUACGUGCUUUUUAUUAAUAUAUCAUGACGAUUGAACUUAGUUGAUUUUGUAAAUUAAUUGUCUGAAAGAGUGCAACGGAAGCGCAUUUAGUGAGAAAUUUUUAUUUGCUUUGUAAGGUCUCAUAGAGAAGCUUAGGAAGAUGCGUAUACCGAGAUUAAAGUUAACCUUUAACGGUCACACUUGAGUACUUUCCAUAAGAGUCAUACGUUAGGUUGAAAUCCCUGUGACCCCAGGUGACCGUUAAAAGUUAAAAAACACCAAAAUAUGCAACUGCAAGAAAUAAUAUAUUUAAUAUA